AUGGUGCUGAACCCGCUGCACGCUCUGCUCCCUGUCCUUACAUCUCCAAUGCACAGACCAAUACUGGACUUGUUUGGGUUCUUGAAGCAAGAGUUAAAGACAUGUGAAGUGCCGUCACAAUGUAAGGAUACAAUGCUGAUUAAAAGUUCAGGAAAGACAGAAGCCAUGAAUAGAGUUCUAACGACUGAGCUGCACUUGACGCUUGCGCAGAGGCCCACACACUUUGGCUCCUGUAAACUGAGCGGGGGUGAGGGGGGAGGGGGUAGGGUGCCGAGGCGCUGUCCCGCCACGGCAGCAGCUCAUUGUCGGAGGAUCCCGGAGGAUCCCCGGAGGACCCGGAGGACCAUGAUGACCAUGAACGGAAAACAGCACUUCAGCAUGCACCCGGCCCUGCACGAGCCCAAGUACCCCGGGCUGCACGCGGGCGCGGAGGGCAUGCGCAGAGUGUGUGUGUCCGGGCCACAGCUGCAGGGGAAUAUAUUCGGAGGCUUUGAUGAGAGCCUGCUGGCGCGGGCAGAGGCUUUGGCGGCGGCUGACAGCAUCGUCUCUCACGGCAAGAGCCACGCGUUCAAAGCAGACGUGACUUACCAUACCAUGAGCAGUGUCCCCUGCACCUCAGCCCCCUCCUCCAGCACCGUGCCCAUCUCCCACCACCACCACUCUCACGUGGGUCAGGGCCUGGAGGCCGGGGACCUGCUGGAGCACCUCUCCAACAGCCUGAUGGGAGCACCGGAGCCCCCCCAACACCACCACCACCACCACCUGCAAACCAUGGGCCAGCUGCACCAGGCCAUGGCGUCCAUGGCGCACCCGCACUCUCUCUCUGUGCACGCAGGCAUGGUCAGCGACGUGGAGUCGGAUCCCAGGGAGCUGGAGGCGUUUGCGGAGCGCUUCAAACAGCGCAGGAUCAAACUUGGAGUGACACAGGCGGAUGUGGGCUCAGCUCUGGCCAACCUGAAGAUCCCGGGAGUGGGCUCUCUCAGCCAGAGCACCAUCUGCCGCUUCGAGUCCCUGACUCUGUCCCACAACAACAUGAUCGCGCUGAAGCCCGUGCUGCAGGCCUGGCUGGAGGAGGCGGAGGCAGCUUACCGGGAGAAGAGCAGCAAACCGGACCUUUUCAACGGUAACGAGCGCAAACGGAAACGCACUUCCAUCGCGGCGCCAGAGAAGCGCUCUCUGGAGGCGUACUUCGCAAUCCAGCCGCGGCCCUCCUCCGAGAAAAUCGCAGCCAUCGCAGAGAAACUGGACCUGAAAAAGAACGUGGUUCGAGUGUGGUUUUGUAAUCAGCGGCAGAAGCAGAAAAGGAUGAAAUACUCCGCUGCGCACUGA